AUGCGGAGCUGCGGGAGGGCGCGGGAGGCUGCGGGCUGGGCCGCCCCGCUGCUCCUGCUGUGGCAGUGCCUGCCGACGGCGCGGCCCUACAACUUGGACACCCGGCACGCGCUGCUCUUCCGCGGGGGCAACGGGACCCUCUUCGGCUACUCGGUUCUCCUGCACCGCCACGGCGAGGAGCGAUGGCUGGUGGCAGGCGCGCCCCGGGCUACCUGGCCCGCCAACACCUCGGUGGUCAACCCCGGGGCCAUUUUUCGGUGCCGGAUCGGCGGGAACCCCCACGGGCAGUGCGAGCAGCUCCAGUUGGGUGACCCCAGAGGAGAGCCCUGUGGGAAGACUUGUUUGGAAGAGCGUGAUAAUGAGUGGCUGGGUGUCAGCUUGUCAAGGCAGCCAAAAGAAAAUGGAUCUAUCGUUGCUUGUGGACAUAGAUGGAAAAAUGUAUUUUACGUGAAAAAUGAACACAAGCUCCCACACGGUAUUUGUUUUGCCAUCUCUUCUGACUUUCGAACUGAACUGAGCAGAAGAAUAUGCCCCUGCUAUAUCGAUUUUGCACGAAAGUUUGGAGAAAACUAUGGGUCAUGCCAGGCUGGAAUUUCUAGUUUUUAUAUUGAGGAUUUAAUUAUAAUGGGAGCCCCUGGAUCCUUUUAUUGGACUGGUUCUGUUUUUGUAUACAAUACAACUGCGAAUACAAUCCAUGCUUAUACAGAUUCUAAUAACCAAGUGAAAUUUGGCAGUUAUCUAGGAUAUGCUGUUGGAGCUGGACAUUUUCUGACACCAGACAGUACAGAAGUAAUUGGAGGGGCUCCCCAACAGGAGCAGACUGGUAAAGCCUACAUUUUUAGCAUUGAGAGGCAACUAAACAUUCUAUUUGAACUAAGAGGUAAAAAGCUUGGUUCUUACUUUGGAGCUGCAGUUUGUGCUGUGGACCUGAAUUCAGAUGGCCUCUCAGACUUGCUAGUUGGUGCUCCAAUGCAAAGUACCGUCAGAGAAGAAGGAAGAGUUUAUGUCUAUAUUAAUUCAGGUUCUGAAGCAAAGAUGGUUGAACUGAACAUAGAGCUCAGUGGGAGUGACUCAUAUGCAGCGAGGUUUGGAGAGUCCAUAGCCAACCUAGGAGACAUAGAUAAUGAUGGUUUUGAAGAUGUGGCAAUUGGGGCUCCACAUGAAGAUAAUCUAAAAGGGGCUAUUUAUAUUUACAAUGGCAGGGAAGAUGGAAUAACACCAUCGUUUUCACAGAGAAUACAAGGACAUCAAGUCAGUAAUUCUUUAAGCAUGUUUGGACAAUCCAUAGCAAGUGGCAUUGAUGCAGAUAACAAUGGAUAUCAAGAUGUAGCAGUUGGUGCAUUUUUCUCCGAUUCUGCUGUGGUGCUGAGAACAAAACCAGUGAUAAUUGUUGAAGCUUCUUUAAAACAUCCUAAUUCAAUAAAUCGAACUAAUUUAAACUGCAUGGAAAAUGACCAGCCUGCCACCUGUAUGAAUUUGAAGAUAUGCUUUACCUAUAGAGGACGAGAGGUACCUGGUUAUGUUGUAUUGCUUUAUAAUCUGAGUGUUGAUGUGACCAGAAAAGAGGAUACACAAGCAAGGUUCUAUUUUUCUUCCAACGGAACAUCUGAUACAAUCUCAGGAAAAGUAAAGAUUUAUAGCAAGAAUACUGCCUGCAAAGAUCAUCCAGCAUUUAUGAGGAAAGAUGUAAGGGAUAUCUUGACUCCUGUAUAUGUUGAAGCCAGUUAUCGUCUGGGGCAUCAUAUUCUACAGAAAAGAAAUGCUCAAGAAUUUUCACCACUUCAACCUGUUCUUCAACGGAGGAAGGAAAAAGAUAUUAUAAAAAGCAAGUUUAUUUUUGCACGACAUUGCUCCCAAGAAAAUUGCUCUGCUGACUUAAGAGUUUCUGGAAAAGUUGUUUUUCCAAAGCCUCAUGAUAAGAAAACAUAUCUUGUUGUUGGAAGUAUGAAGACUUUAUUGUUGAAUGUUUCUCUGCUUAAUGUUGGAGAUGAUGCAUAUGAAACUAUCCUCCACAUUCAAAUCCCUAAAGGUCUUUAUUUCAUUCGAGUUUUAGAAUUGGAAGAAAAACAGAUACAUUGUGAUGUGUUAGAUAAAGAAAUUCAUGCAGUAAAACUUGAGUGCAGUGUUGGUUAUUUAUACGUAGAUCAAAAAUCAAAGCUGGAUUAUAGUUUCCUCUUGGAUGCAAGCUCCUUUACCAGAGCAGAGGAGGACCUCAGCAUCAUCGUUAAUGCUACCUGUAAAAAUGAAGAUGGGAACAUGUUGCUGGAUAACUCACUAACUUUAGCUGUACCUCUAAAAUAUGAGAUUGAGUUAAAUACUCAUGGGUUUGUGUCACCAGCUGUGUUUGUUUAUGGAACAGAAGAGAAAGAUUCACCAGUUACAUGUAUGAAGGAGAAUAUCAACUUCACUUUCCAUGUUAUCAGUGCAGGACCAAGCAUGUCUCCAAACACUAACUUAGAGAUAACGAUACCAAAUGCUUUUCCACCCAGGGACUUCAAAUUAUUCAACACAUUGAAUAUCAAGACAACAGUUGGAGAGUGCUACUAUAAUAAAUAUUCCAGAAACUGUACUGCAGCAGAAAAACAUGAAAAUAUAUUAAAGGAUGUCGUCACUUUCUUUUCAAAGCCUACUAAGAGACAAAUGUACUGCAUGAAAAAUGACAGCCUUUGCUUACAAAUACAUUGCAAUCUUGGCAACAUGGAAAGUGGAAAAGAAGCGACUGUUCAGUUGCAUCUGGAGGCUACUCCUUCACUUUUAGAAAUGGAUGAUGCAUCAGCAUUGAAGUUUGAAGUAAGAGCAACAGCCUGGCCAGAAAAAAAUGCAAAAGUUAUUGAACUACACAAGGACAAGCAAGUUGCAUAUGUCUAUUUGGAAGGAAUGCACCACCUAAAGCCAAAAUACCAUGUUACUGUGCUAAUUAUUGCCAUAGGCUUAAUAAUUGGUGUUACCUUGUUUUUGCUUCUUUCAUUUAUAUUAUGGAAGAUUGGCUUUUUCAAAAGGCAAUACAAACCAGUCCCUCAAGACACGAACAGAAGAGGCAGCUGGAGUUUUACAACUGGGAACAAAGAUGACUAAGAUGGCAAAUAAACAUUUGAUUUUAAAAUGAAGAAAUUAAGAUGCAGGUUAAUUCACAGAAGAAACAUCAGCAACAAGAAAACUAGGCCUUGAGCGCACUUGCUCUUACAAACACACUUUAUUUCCUUGAACUGUAUGGAGGACUACACCUUACAGUACUGUUGUUCUAAUAUGAAAGUGGAAAAACAGUUGGUUCUGAAGUCUCACAGUAGUAUUUGAAAUGCUAUAUAUAUACAUGUGGUUUCAAACAGACAGAAGAACACUAAAGAGAAGAAAAAUUACUUAUUGGAAAGAAGUAUUUUGAGAAAGUAAUAAUUUUUGGCCAAUCCUGGAAAGUCGGAUUUCAAACACAUUAGCAUGAGUUAUUCUAGUAAUUUUGAAGUUUCAAUAAUAUUUGGAUUAGACAUUCAAGAAGAAAUCCUCUCUCAUCUUGCUUUGGCAGUUUAACAAGGUAAAUUAGCUUAAACCAAUAGAAGGACUGUAAGUAGAGCACAUGGAUGUAGAAGAGGGCUGUCAGAAGCUCUCUCGGGCUUCUGAAGGUAACCUCAUAAGCUUUGGCUUCACAGGCACAGCCACAUCAUUGAAGAGACUUAGACACCCAGGCAAGCCAGAACCAGGAAGGUCAAGGGUGGAUUCAGAGCAGGGAAUUAUGUGGGGUAGCCUGGAUAUGCAGCUGUAGAGAAAAGCAUUGUAAAUCAUAAUUUGUUGCCAUCUUUAACAUGGUACUUGCAAACAUGACAGAACUAUUUGUUUCAUCCUUUCCUCAGAUAGUGCUGCCAUGAUGUUCUGGACUUUUCCAAUUAAUUAUUUCUAUGUGGGGUUUUUUAAAGCAAGUAUUUAUUUUUAUUUAUUUAAAGAUUUUUCUAUAGUACUUAUCCUAGUAGUAUUUAGUGCUGGCAUUCUUCCAGAACCUGAAAAAAAAACCAGACAGACUUCACCUGACAAAACAGAGACAUGCAUACCCAAGAGACACCAACUGCCAACCUUAAUG